UUACCUAAAAGCUCCGAGAUGAAUUUUCUUUGCUCGAUUAUGGAAUCAAAAUAAACGAAAUAAUUCAUUUUUGCAUCCAAAAGAUUGAAUUGCCUGCUGAAAAAGAGCAUUAUCGUGAAAACAAUGAGCUACCAAACAAACCCUAUGACCAUUCAAAGGAUAUGGAUGGAUCAAAAAAGCCAGAUAAGUCAAUUGAAAGUAGUUUAACACCUAUUGCUACAGAUGACUAUUAUUUGAUUGGUGAUCAUGUUGACUGCCUUCAUCCUGAAAUUGGUGCUUGGUUUGAAGGUAUAGUUUGCGGCCUGUACAAAUUGAAUAGCUCUAAUCAAACAUUGUAUGAAGUAAAAUUCUGGAAAUCAUCAUUACCAGAAACCGUCAAGGUGUCCAUUAAUGGAAUCAGACCCCAAUCCUAUCAGCAAAUACGUUUAUAUGACCUAAAUCCCGGAGAUUUGAUUCUAGCCAAUUCAAAUUUAACAAACCCUGGACAAAUUGGUUAUUGGUAUGAUUUCCUGGUAACAAGUGUAAAUAUUAAACGUAAAAUUGUUCAAGGAACAUUAUUCAUUGGUGAUAAAGUGACAUUGGAUAAACAUAAUAUAACAGGAAACUUGCUUUUCUAUACUGCUCAAGAUAAUCAACCAGUUAUUGAACGGAAUAACAAACAAGCCAAAUUAAUUGCCAAUGGAUCUGAAAGAAAAAGACCCACUGCUGUUGAAUGUACACAAUGUUCAGACGAUCCGGAAACACCUUGCGUUGAAUGCUCCUGUCGCCAAUGUGGAUCUAAAGCUGAUCCCGAGAAGCAAAUUGUGUGUGAUGAAUGUAACAAUAUCUUCCAUCUCUGUUGUUUACCUCAACCCCUUGAAAGGCUUCCGCCGGAAGAUGAAGAUUGGUAUUGUUAUAACUGUAAAAAUACAGAUGCUAUUGAUAUUGAGAUGAAAGAAGAGGCUUCACGACUGGCUAAAGGGUUAAAGAGGAAACGAAAAGCAUCGACUAAGUCAUCAUCUAACAAUGUGAUUGGUGUUAAUGAUGGGCUAUUAACAUCUACAGUUCCUGAAAAGUUGAUAAAUAACUGGGGUCGUGGUAUUAGCUGUGUUGGUCGAACCAAGGUUUCUGAAGUUGUUCCUAAAAAUCAUUUCGGUCCUAUACCUGGAAUACCAGUUGGAACCAUUUGGAGGUUUCGUUUUCAAGCCUCAGAAGCCGGAGUUCACACUCCUUUAGUUGCAGGUAUUCAUGGUAAACAAUCUGUUGGAGCCUUUUCCAUUGUCUUUUGCUGUGGUUAUGAUGAUGAUAUUGAUCUGGGUGAUGAGAUCUAUUUUACUGGAUCGGGAGGAAAAGAUUCAUCAACAACUAAAUGUAGGGUUGGCGGUCGUCAAAUCAAGGAUCAAGAACUGACUCGAUGUAACAAAGCGUUGGCUAUUAAUUGUGCAGCACCAUUUUCAAACGAAGGAGCCAACUCAGGGACUAACUGGAGAUUAGGUAAACCAGUAAGAGUUUUAAGAAGUGGAAAUGCUCGUGGAUCCACCAAAAAGUCACCCUAUCUUCCUAAAAUUGGUGUGAGAUAUGACGGUAUCUACAAAGUUGUAAAAUAUUGGCCUGAAAGGAAAGUUAAUGGUCUGUUGAUCUGGAGGUUUCUUCUUCGCCGUGACGAUACUGCACCCUCACCAUGGACUAAAGAAGGUAAACGAAAGAGUCGUAAGCUGGGUUUAUCUUUGAUUGAACCUCCAGGUUUCAUUGAAACCUUUGCUAAAAAAUCAUCUUCAAAGAAACGUAAAGUUGAUCAUGUUGAUCAAAAUGAUUUAAGUGUCAAGCGAUUAAAGGUCACUCCCUAUAAAUUACCAUCAAAAGUUGUUGAUUUGAUUCAACAAGAUAAUCAAAACUCACAUAUUUGGAAAGAGAUUGUCAAAUUAACCACUGAAGGUGAAAAGAUUUUCUUGUCUCGAGUUGAAGAAUCGUUUAGAUGUGCCUGUUGCUUGGAGAUUGUUUUCAAACCCGUUACAACAUUCUGUUCUCAUAACAUGUGCAAGGGUUGUUUUAUCCACACCAUUGAAUCAUUAGUAACAACAUGUCCAAUUUGUAGGGCCGGGUUAUUAAAGAAAAACUGUGGCCCUGAGGUCAACUGUAUUCUUGAACAAAUAUUGGCUCAGCUUUUUCCAGAUUAUUAUGAAAAACAUUCAUCUGGAAAAUCAUGAAAUGUUGCCAUUGAACAAUCAAAUAAGAUUGAGAAGCUGAGUAAAGGAUGAAGCGAUAAAGGAAAUGGAGUUAAAUUUUUAAUCUGGAAUUUUAUUUCAAAUUUCAUGAUGUGGUUAUUUUGAAUCACUUGAUGCCUUCAUAUGCUGAUGAUUUGAUAAGACUUGGCAUAGCUAAUCCAAGAGUCGCUGAAAUGGUAGCCAAAGAUGAAACAAAACUGGGUGAAACCAUGCAAAGACCAACAAACGAAAAUCCAAUAUCAUUCCGAUUGAUUCGCAAUAGAAACAAAUUUAACUGCGAAAAAAAGAGUAUUUUCAGUAAAAAUGUCUCAACCGAAGAUUUAAUUGAACUUACCUCGUUCGUGGUUGUAAUUGAAUGAGAUGGAUUGAGAGAAAAUGAUAAAUGAUAAACUUUGUCAAAUAAUUGGACUGAUAGUUGAUAAACACGAACUAAGUGAUAUGUAAUGAGCGUUAGCAUAAUUGAUUGCUCGAUAAAUUUUAUAAUAAAGAUAGCUAAAUAUGAAUUGAACUGAUCGAGUGAUAGAAUACCAAUAAGACAAACAUUAUGACCAAUUUGGUACGCAUAAGUGCACAACACUGCGUAUUUGAAUAAUUUGUUGAUUAAACCUGUGCAUUUGAUUAUUUCAUUA